UGCUGGACUGAGGUGGGGGAGAUAGCUGCUAGGAGUCCGCCUGCGACUAUGGAGCAGUCAGUAAUUGCUGGAGACAGGGAGAGCUGGGGGUUGGGCUGAGGUAGCCAUGUAUAAAUAGUGUGAUCUCAAAUUGAAAGGCAUAAAUAACAGCAGGAGUGAUCUAACCCUAUACAGCCCAUCUUCUACGUGCAAAAACAGCGUGCGGAGGACGGCCACAUCUCCGACUGAAAACAAGUGGAUCUCUGUGGAUAAGAUCACCGGGCAGCCAUGGAAGAACUUACGGCUUUUGUAUCCAAAUCUUUUGACCAGAAAAGCAAAGACAGCAGCAGCGGCAGUGGCAGCAGCAACAAGAAGGAGACGAUCACGUACAGGGAAGUUUUGGAGAGUGGGUUGGCUCGCUCUAGGGAGCUUGGAAACUCUGACUCUAACCUGCAGGACAUGACCGAGAGCAGCAACCAUUGCCCGGUGCAUCUUUUCAAAGACCACGUAGAGAGCGACAAGGACAAACUGAAGGAGUUCAGCACGGGCAGGACGGCGGAAGGGAUCUACGAGUGCAAAGAGAAGAGGGAAGAUGUGAAGUCAGAAGAUGAAGAUGGACAGACCAAGCUCAAACAAAGGAGAAGCAGAACCAAUUUCACACUAGAGCAGCUGAAUGAGCUGGAAAGACUUUUUGAUGAGACUCACUAUCCGGAUGCCUUCAUGAGGGAGGAACUAAGCCAGAGGCUGGGACUGUCUGAAGCUAGGGUUCAGGUCUGGUUCCAGAACAGGAGAGCAAAGUGCCGAAAGCAGGAGAACCAGAUGCACAAAGGUGUGAUCCUGGGAACCGCCAGCCAUUUAGACGCCUGCAGAGUGGCCCCCUAUGUGAAUAUGGGAGCCCUGAGGAUGCCUUUCCAACAGGUCCAGGCGCAGCUGCAGCUGGAGGGCGUGGCCCACGCGCACCCGCACCUGCACCCGCACCUGGCGGCCCACGCGCCCUACCUGAUGUUCCCGCCGCCGCCCUUCGGGCUGCCCAUCGCCUCCCUGGCGGAGUCCGCCUCCGCCGCCGCCGUGGUGGCGGCCGCCGCCAAGAGCAACAGCAAGAACUCCAGCAUCGCCGACCUGCGGCUGAAGGCCCGGAAGCACGCCGAGGCCCUGGGGCUCUGACACGCUUCGGCCGAGCCCCCCGACCCCGCCCCGGGUGCCCGCGGCGGGCGUGUGUGUGACCCGCACGGACCGCCGCUCCGCAACCCCCAGCCCCGCUCCUCAUCCCCCUCCUCCCCGGCCGCAGGGCGAGCAGCGGGCGCUCCGGGCCGCCCUGCCGCCUCCCCUCUCUCUCUUUUUUCUUUAUUUUUGUUUGUUUGUUUUUUAUUUUUUUAUUAUUAUUAUUAUUUCUUUCCCCUUUCCCAAGGUCUGCGAGCGCUCGGCGGCUGCCCUCCCCCGCCGCUUUCCUCGCCCUCUCGCCCCAGGGACCCGGCGGCCGGGGGGGCCGGGCGAAGAGGCGGGCCCCGGAGGCCGGUGGCGGCCGGUGGCGCUGCGUGGCGCGGCGGGGACCCCCGGCCCGGCUCCCGCCUCGGGCGCGCGCGCACACACGCACGCACGCAGUAAACAUGCACCCACCGGUCGGAGGCUCCGCGGAGGAUAAAGUAGGUGGGAGGAGAGAGAGCAAGGAGAGUUAAAAAAAUUACACAAAAAGGAGGAGAAAAAAAAAAAAAAAAGGAAACGAUCUCUAAAUUAUGUUAAUCUGUGAACAUUGGGGACACUUUGGAUUUUUCUGACCCUGGCAAAAGUGAUUGCUCCAGCAUAACGUCAUCUGCUGCUGUCAGUUUUGCUACCUUGUGCAUGUGUCUAACUAAACACAUUUUGAAGAUCAGAAAUAUAUUAGAACGAAACUAAACAAAACAAAUAGUAAUAAUAAUAAAUAAUAAAUCCUUGGGGCUGGUCUCCAUUAAAGAUGACAUUUCUUUGUUGCCAACAGUAUUAUUUCACUGCCAUGAAUCUCUUCCAUCACUGAGGAGCUGCUGCUGCAGAACUGGUUUGAAUUUAAAUGUGGAAUUUCAGAUCUGAGGCAAGGCAGUUUUGGUUUUUUUUCUUUUCUUUCAUAAAAAAAAAAAAAAGCAGCAAUAACAGAAAAUGUGUGUCUCAAAUGGCUAUGUCCUUCAAAAGGAGAAAAAGAGAGAGACUAGAAUUUACUAAUUGUUAGUGAUGACUUGAAAGAUGGGAACAAUAAGAAAUGCACCUGUUUUGCCAGAAUCACCUGAACUCAAUGAGAUGCAUUGUGCCAUAGAAACAGGUCAAUUUUUCAUAUUUUUGUUUCUCUAAAAUGUCUGGAUCUUUGACUCAAAAUCUCGCUGUUUUACAGGAUGUAGAAAGAAUGACUUAUACAACAAAGAUGGACAUAUGGUUUUAAGUCAUAAUACUGAUGCAGCAUUAAUUUUAGUGAAAUGCAAUUAAGUGCAGUAAAGUGCAAUACUGUAAAUAUUAUAGAUUAAAAAAAAAUAGCCGUACUUAUUCUGUUAAUAACCGAUUCUGCAAGAACCAUAACUUAAGUCCUUUAUGCUCAGACUGGUGCAUUGCAGCUCCUUGCCAGAGUGACAGUCUGAGUCUUCUAUGAAUGGGUAAAGUUAUAUGUAUCACAUAUGGGAAAAGGUAGAUGCCAUGAUUUCUAGUUGAGUUAAUGUGCCAUGUUUCUGGGCAGUAAGCUGAAAAGUCUGGUCUGUAUGACACUUUCACAGUCAUUGUAAGUAUAAAAAAAAAAAAAGAAAAAAAAAAAAAGCAAACAACCAACCCACGGAAGUGUUUUGUAGAGGUGGACAAGUUCAAUAUUUGGCUGUUUAAUUUUUGCCUGUGAUUUAGAUACCAAGUCUUAAGCCAAUGCUUAAGCGAAGUCACUACUAUAAAUCCAGAAAGGAUGAAGAGUAGGGAAAUAAUUUAAAUUGUAUUACCAAAGUGUCUGGGUUUACUUCUUAUGCUAUUCACUUCUAAUUAGUUUUUUUCUUUGUUGGUUUUUGGUUUUUUUUUUUACUUUUUGGUGGGGAGGAGAGAGGAGGGUACAAAUAUUGGUCUUGUCUACAUCUAACAGGAUAGCUAUUUGUUGCCUUUGUUACCAAGGCCUGUGCAGAUGGAAGGUUUUCCUCUCAAUAGUUACCAUUAUUAAACCUGCUUUUUAUGUGUCGUUUAGCAAUCCA